AUGUUACCUGAAGACGAUGAGGUUUUGGAUGACGAUGGCUGCUCGGCCAUCCUCCGGAACGGAGUCUACGACAAGCUGCAGCACGAGAUGGACCAGGAUACUACGUGGGACCUUCGCGAGGCUCUGAGGGAGUUCGAUUCGGGCUACUCGUAUCAGGACUACCUGAAUGAUUGGGCCAAAGCGCAUUCGGAUGGACGAACCGAAUCAAAUGAGGUUUCUCCCAGUUUGUCCUUCAAGGCAAUCACCCUGGGUCUCGAUUUCAAGUAUGGGUAUUCCCAAUACAAGAUGGACAGAUCAGACUUCGAGCUUGCCAAGAGGAAACUCCUCAAGCAGAAACACCUCUUAGCUGCGAGUCCUGGCGACAGGGGAUUCGACCGCGCUUGGGAGUCUCGGGUCGCAAGUUUUGUGGACAGCUCUGUGGUGCAGGCUUGGAGGGACUGCAAGCCCUUUUCCCAGCAAGGCAUCCAGUCGAGGGUGAGCCGCGAAAGAACCGGGCAGCUGCUCCAGUUCCACUUUAGGUACGUCUUGGGGAAGGGAAAGUGA